AACAACUGCUUAAUCCUUGAGAGAGGCCUCUAGGACAAUACCAUGUGAUCUCUCGUGUAGUGAUGCGUAUGCAUUCCUAUCAUUUUCAAAAAUCUUUUAUCUUAGAAAUAGUUUUCCAAAGAAUCUUAAAAUCUAUAAAUACACUUGCUCUUGCCUUCAAAAACAACACAACUCAUUGGCAAUCUUAAGUGUCAAACACUUAAAAACACAUUCUUCUUAAACUUGGGAACUUUUCCUUGCUGUUAUUCUUACAUACUUCUUUAAAAAAAUGGGUUUCCGUUUACCUGUUAUUCGAAGGACAUCAUCAUUCUCAGCUAGCCAAGCAGCUUCUAAAUCUGUGGAAGUCCCAAAGGGGCAUCUAGCAGUGUAUGUCGGAGAGAAACAGAAGCGGUUUGUGAUCCCCGUUUCAUACUUGAACCAACCUUCAAUCCAAGACUUGUUGAGCCAAGCUGAGGAAGAGUUCGGAUAUGAUCAUCCUAUGGGAGGUCUAACAAUUCCUUUUCAAAGUAUUCUUUCAUCAACACAUACAAAAAUGGGUUUUCGUUUAGCUGGUAUCAGAAGAAAGCUAUCAUUUAAUUCAAACCAAGCAUCUUCAAAGGCUUUGGAAGUCCCAAAAGGCUAUCUUGCUGUCUAUGUUGGAGAGAAUAUGAAGCGGUUCGUGAUUCCCAUUUCGUAUUUGAACCAGACAUCAUUUCAAGAAUUACUAAGCCAAGCAGAAGAAGAAUUCGGAUAUGAUCAUCCAAUGGGUGGUCUCACUAUUCCAUGCAGUGAGGAAACCUUCUUGGACCUCACUUCUUGCUUCAACUGACUAUAAGUAAUUCCAAAGGAGACUGACAUAGAUUAGUUGAGACACAAUUUUGUAGUGGAAACUAGUAGCUAUCAUCUUAGUGAGAUGUCAAGGAUGUAAAUAUAUAUCAGAAUUUUUUUGCAAUUUCAAUGAAUUUAUAAACUUCGUCACGAAUUACUUAUA